CAGAGCAUGUGGAGCCCAGCAGUGUGAGCCCAGCGGCGGCUGCUAUGGUACGUUAGUGGUCACAUCCCCGGGCCGGUGUAGACUCAGUCAGCCACGGAGGAGAAUAUGAACAGAGGGGAGCCGCCAUGCCGACCCGCCGCCUCGCUCACGUUCACCAUUGACAGCAUCCUCAACCUGAAGACAAGCGGGAGGGACCGUGGCAGCUGUCACCCCGCCGGACCGCGGGAUGACUCGGCCACGGCGGCGCUUAAAGACGGCCUGAGACGGAGCCAGCACGGGGAGCGCGGAGCCCAGCAGCGGCGGGACCCGGGUACCAGGCUUAACGACAAAGAGUGUGCCCCAGACGGCGGCGGGGCGGCGGACGCAGCGGCGGAGGCGCGCUUCGACAGCGGGGACAGCAGCUGCGACGACAGCAGCUCCACGACCACCACGGCCACGGACAUGCAGAAAGGAGCCGGUCCCGCCAAGAAGAGCAAGCUGAUCGCGAAGAAGAAGACGCGCACUAUUUUUUCCAAGAGACAGAUCUUCCAGUUGGAGUCUACCUUCGACAUGAAGCGCUACCUGAGCAGCGCGGAGCGCGCGUGCCUCGCCAGCUCGCUCCAGCUCACGGAGACCCAGGUGAAAAUCUGGUUUCAGAACCGCAGGAAUAAGUUGAAACGGCAGAUCUCGACCGAAAUGGACGGACCCGUCGGCGACUACCCGGAGACGGGGAAGCCCGUGGCGGGGGGGCAGCUGCCGGCCUUGUACAAAGAGAGUAGCCUUCUGGGGAGAUGCCUGCUCCCCGUGCCUCUGCCCGUCGUGUACCCGGGCAGCAGCACGCCUUACCUCUGCUUCACUAACGCCAGCAAGUACUUCAGCCUGUACGACGGGGACGUAUGACGCUGUCCACAGAGACACGACAGCGGAACUUCCGAAAGAGACACUUUGGGUUUGUCUGUUGCCAACUUCCAAGCAUUUGAGGUCUUCAGA